ACUUCCCUCCGUUCAAUGGCGAGGCCUUUCAUUCAUUUGCUGCAGGUGCCCAAGAGCAGAUUCAAGCAGCAGAGAUGAAGACCCGCCAUAUAUUGAAGCACCUUUUCAACAACUUCACCUGCACAAUUCAUGGAAUUGUCUCAACUGUCAACCUAGCUUUGAGUGAAGAUAGAAGAACCAGUGUCCAGCAAUACCAGGAGUCUUAUCGCUGAUCUGCAGAAAAGCAUACAGAUGCUUCAGGAGGCUCACAGCUCAUCCCACAUGAGAGCAUGUCAUUGGCAACAGAUCUCCGCUCCAACUUCAGCUGCAGCUGCAACUCCUACGGUUGCUUCUCCACCACCUUGCACUGUUUCAGUUCUGAUCUCAUCUGUUCGGGAAAUACAAAGCCUUACCGUGCCGCCCCCAGCUACUUGUCCAGAUGUUCACAAUAUUGAACCAGUGCAACCACCCUCUGCCACAUCGGUCCAAUCUCUGUCUUCAGGAUUUCCGGCAGGCACAUUCAUAUACCCUACAUACUCCAAUGUGACCACAGCCACUCCAUCGAGUGAGCGGCCAACAUCCUCAAACAAUCCCUCAACCUCAACAGUGACCUGAACACCCACACCUCCAUCUUCAGCCCAGCACCGUUUGAAUGGAGAUG